AUGGAUUUUCCUGGACACUUUGAACAGAUCUUCCAGCAACUGAACUACCAAAGACUUCACGGCCAGCUCUGUGAUUGUGUCAUUGUAGUAGGGAAUAGGCAUUUUAAAGCCCACCGCUCUGUCCUGGCAGCCUGCAGCACGCAUUUCCGAGCCCUGUUCUCAGUGGCAGAGGGUGAUCAGACCAUGAACAUGAUCCAGCUGGAUAGCGAGGUAGUGACAGCGGAGGCCUUUGCCGCCCUGAUUGACAUGAUGUACACCUCCACCCUCAUGUUGGGGGAGAGCAAUGUUAUGGAUGUCUUAUUGGCAGCCUCUCACCUGCAUUUGAACUCCGUUGUUAAGGCAUGUAAACAUUACUUAACGACAAGGACACUGCCCAUGUCUCCCCCAAGCGAGCGUGUUCAGGAACAGAGCGCCCGCAUGCAGCGCUUCUUUAUGCUGCAGCAGCUGGGACUCAGCAUAGUGAGCUCAGCCCUCAAUCCCAACCAGAGCAGCGAGGAGCAGCCAGCCCCCAUGAGCUCCUCCAUGCGCAACAACCUGGACCAGCGCACGCCCUUUCCCAUGAGGCGCCUCCAUAAGCGUAAGCAGUCUGCAGAGGAACGGGCCAGGCAGCGCCUCCGACCGGCCAUGGAUGAGUCUGCCAUUUCCAAUGUUACGCCAGAGAACGGGUCUUCGGGGGUUCAUGCUCGAGAAGAGUUCUUCUUGCCAGAUUCUCUGAAAAUUGUGGAUAACGCUAAGGCCGACAACCAGGAAGACAGUACCAUCAUGUUCGACCAGUCUUUCGGGGCUCAAGAAGAUGCCCAGGUGCCCAGCCAGUCUGACAACAGUGCUGGCAACAUGGCACAGCUGUCCGUGGCCUCUCGUGCAACUCAGGUUGAGACUAGUUUUGAGCAGGAAGCUGCAGCUGAGAAAGGUGACUUUCAGUGUGAAAAUCCUGAGGUUGGCCUUGGUGAGAAGGAGCACAUGAGAGUGGUGGUGAAAUCAGAGCCCUUGAGCUCUCCUGAGCCUCAGGAUGAAGUAAGCGACGUGACCUCACAAGCAGAAGGCAGCGAAUCUGUGGAAGUGGAAGGAGUUGUGGUCAAUGCUGAGAAGAUAGACCUCAGCCCGGAAAGCAGUGAUCGGAGUUUUUCAGAUCCCCAGUCUAGCACUGACAGGGUAGGUGACAUCCAUAUUUUAGAAGUCACAAAUAAUUUAGAUCAUAAAUCCACUUUUAGCAUUUCAAAUUUUCUUAACAAGAGCAGAGGAAGUAACUUUAGUGCAAAUCAGAGCAAUGAUGAUAAUAUCCCAAACACCACUAGUGACUGCAGGCUGGAGUGUGAGGGCCCUUAUUUGUUGGGUCCAGAGACUGGGCCUGUGGGCGGGCCCUCUUCAGCCACUGGCUCUCAUGUGGAAAACCCAUUCAGUGAGCCUGCAGACUCUCACUUUGCUAGGCCUAUGCAGGAAGCCAUGGGCCUGCCCUGUGUGCAGAGUUCCGGCUAUCAAGGAGAACAGUUUGGAAUGGAUUUUUCCAGGUCUGGUUUGGGCCUCCACUCCUCCUUCUCCAGGGUGAUGAUGGGCUCCUCAAGAGGAAAGGCCAGUAACUUUCCAUAUUACCGCCGUAUCGCUCCCAAGAUGCCAAUUGUAACUUCUGUCAGGAGCUCACAGAUCCCAGAAAACUCUGCCAGCUCUCAGCUAAUGAUGAAUGGGCCCACGUCCUCAUUUGAGAAUGGGCACCCUUCUCAGCCUUGCCCGCCACAGCUGACCAGGGCCUCUGCUGAUGUCCUGUCCAAAUGCAAGAAGGCCUUAUCAGAGCACAACGUCUUGGUUGUAGAGGGCGCUCGCAAGUAUGCCUGCAAAAUCUGCUGCAAGACUUUUCUGACCUUGACAGAUUGUAAGAAGCACAUCCGUGUUCACACAGGUGAAAAGCCCUAUGCCUGCCUGAAGUGUGGCAAGAGGUUCAGUCAGUCCAGCCACCUGUAUAAGCACUCUAAGACUACCUGCCUGCGCUGGCAGACCAGCAAUCUUCCCAGCACUUUGCUCUAA